CGGUUACCCUUCGACCUGCGUGGUGGGCCCGGCCGCCGGCCGCCGUGCGCCAUGCGGCUCCUCGGCUGGGGGCAGGGACUGCUGUGGGUGCUGGGGCUUCCCGCCCGCGGCCUGGAGGUUGCAGAGGAAAGUGGUCACUUGUCAGAGGAGAAGCCUGCUCACCCUCUGCAGGUGGGGGUUGUGUACCUGAGUGAAGAGGAGCCCCCACAUGAUCCGAUGGGCCAGGACAGGGCAGCAGAAGAGGCUGAUGCAGUGCUGGGACUGGACACCCAUGGUGACCACAGGGUGAUGUUGUCUGUGAUUCCUGGGGAAGCUGAGGACAAACUGAGCUCAGGGCACAGCAGUGGCACCUGUGAUGCUGGAGGAGAGGAAGACUCGAGGUGUGACCUCCGAGAGAGCCUCUACUCUCUGGACAGUGCUAGAGCAAACUUCCCUGAUAGGGAAGAGGAGUAUUACGCAGAGCCAGAAGUGCCAGAAUCCGACCCAGCCCCGACAGAGGACGCCAAUAACACCGAAAGUCUGAAAUCCCCAAAGGUGACCUGUGAGGAGAGAAAUGUGACGGGAUUAGAAAAUUUUACUCUGAAAAUUUUGAAUAUGUCACAG